UUGUUUGUUUUAACAAAGAGAGAAGGAAAAUUUCAGAAUUCAGAUCAGAUCUCCGUUCUCAGUCCAGAGGAGAGGAGAGGAGAGGAGAUAAAAAAGUGGGUUUAGCAGCUGACUGUUGAGUUGUGCGGUGAGUCGGAAUCGGAGUCGGAGCUGGAGCUCAACCGGUAAGAAAGAAAGAUGAGAGAGAUCAUCAGCAUCCACAUCGGACAGGCCGGCAUUCAGGUGGGCAACUCCUGCUGGGAGCUCUACUGCCUCGAGCAUGGCAUUCACCCCGACGGCAUCAUGCCCAGCGACACUUCCGUCGGUGUGGCGCACGACGCCUUCAACACCUUCUUCAGCGAGACUGGCUCCGGAAAGCAUGUCCCCAGAGCUAUUUUUGUGGAUCUCGAACCCACCGUCAUCGACGAAAUCCGGACCGGCAACUACCGCCAGCUCUUCCACCCCGAACAGCUCAUAUCCGGAAAGGAAGACGCUGCCAACAAUUUCGCCAGAGGUCACUACACCGUGGGGAAAGAGAUUGUUGAUCUGUGCCUCGACAGAGUGAGGAAGCUGGCCGACAACUGCACUGGAUUGCAAGGGUUUUUGGUGUUCAAUGCCGUCGGUGGCGGCACUGGAUCUGGAUUGGGAUCUCUGCUCCUGGAGCGCCUGUCGGUGGACUAUGGAAAGAAGUCCAAGCUUGGUUUCACCAUCUAUCCUUCACCGCAGGUGUCUACUGCAGUUGUAGAGCCUUACAACAGUGUCCUCUCUACCCAUUCGCUUCUCGAACACACCGAUGUGGCUGUGCUCUUGGACAAUGAAGCCAUUUACGACAUUUGCCGCAGGUCACUGGACAUCGAAAGGCCUACAUACACCAAUUUGAACCGCUUGAUCUCGCAGAUCAUAUCCUCCUUGACUACUUCUCUGCGCUUUGAUGGUGCCAUCAAUGUUGAUAUCACUGAAUUCCAGACCAACCUUGUGCCGUAUCCCCGCAUUCAUUUCAUGCUUUCAUCCUAUGCACCUGUGAUAUCAGCUGAAAAAGCAUACCACGAGCAGUUGUCCGUCCCAGAGAUCACUAAUGCAGUGUUUGAGCCGUCUAGCAUGAUGGCCAAGUGCGAUCCGAGGCAUGGGAAAUACAUGGCUUGCUGUUUGAUGUACCGAGGAGAUGUCGUCCCCAAGGAUGUCAAUGCUGCCGUUGCUACCAUCAAGACCAAGCGGACUGUCCAGUUUGUUGACUGGUGCCCCACUGGAUUCAAGUGCGGAAUCAACUAUCAGCCGCCGGCUGUGGUGCCUGGAGGCGACCUUGCCAAAGUGCAGCGAGCUGUGUGCAUGAUAAGCAACAACACAGCUGUUGCGGAGGUGUUCUCAAGGAUCGACCACAAAUUUGAUCUCAUGUAUUCCAAGAGAGCCUUUGUGCACUGGUACGUGGGGGAGGGAAUGGAGGAAGGGGAGUUCAGUGAGGCCAGGGAGGACCUGGCUGCGCUUGAGAAGGACUACGAAGAAGUGGGUAUGGAGGGUGUGGAUGAUGAAGAGGAUGGCGGGGAAGACUUCUGAGUCCACCCUCCCUCCCUCCCGCCGGCUGGCUGUGGCUGAAUUUAAACCAACUUACCUCUCGCGGUGGCUGAUGCGUAUGCAAUUAUGCCAUCAUGUUAUGUGUACUACUCUAGUAUUUGUUAUGAUGGCUCAUGUCGUGUGUAUUUGGGAUAUGUUUUGGCUUUUGGUUGAGGACAUAAAUUGUUUUGCUGUUGUAUGUAUGUAUGUAUGUUUAAGUGCGUGUGUGCGUGCUACUGCUGCAUUUCUGCUACUUGGUGUGACAUUUAUUAGUGCUACUGCUUGCUUGCUA